CACCGGCUGCGAGACUCUGCCGUCUUCACAGCCCGCAGUUGUAUUUAGUUGUUUUAGACACUUUCCCUGUUCUCUCGACACACACACUGGGCAAAGCUGCAGGCGAGCCGGAUUUAGAGCGGAUCGGGACUUCUGCCUGGAUGCGACCGAUUAUUUUAAGACAGAAGGCACUUGCUGAGGUGUAAAACUCGGCCUUCAACCCAGAAGGCGCACACUUCCGCGGCGGCUUUUCGAUUUUGCUGAAAACGCGCCUUAGGCAAAGCCGGCUUAGUCUGCUGCGCAUGUGGGACAGGCCGCAAAAAAGAAGACACGUUUCGGUUUAACGGGCUUUAAAUUCACGCAAACCCGGUAGAACGGAGAGGAGACUGGAAGAUUUCCUAGGUGACACAAACAGUGAAAUUGCGGUCGCCCCGACAAUUCCCCGUGCGUGCGGGACGAGACGUCAUCACAUGCUCCGCCCUCUGUUCCCCUCCUCGGUUCAAGAAAACAGUAAAUCUCACACCCUCUUUCUCAGCUUUUUGCUUAGAAAGUCCGUUUCUUUCUUCACCCCCGGCCAUUCACCUGUCGUUUUUUGAGACACCAACUUUACGUGCAUUUUGCGUCUGUACCAGUGCUAAGACUUCCGUCUCUCCACGCCACGCAUCCGUCCGCGGAGGGAGCUUUUUAGGAAGAAUUUUUUUUCUGAAAGUAGACAACGAACCGCGCUCGCAGUUUUUGCCUUGCACUCGGUUUGGCACUUUCUACUGUCUUUUGGAGCUCAAUUUUCGCACCUAUCUCAACUCUGGGUCGCCGCGAGAAUCCAACUGUGCGGUUGCGUCGUCGUGUGAUUCGUCCCUGUACGAAGUUCGCGUUCUGAAUCUUUUACUGGACAACAGUCUAACACGCUCUUCGAGUCAACACGUGAAUUCUUUCAGCGUCGAAAAUGGCAGAGAGACUCCUCACGACCAUCGGCCGCGCUGGGGUCCUUCUUGGCUCCGCCGGUUUCGUUGCCUCUUCUUGUCUCUAUGACGUGGAUGGCGGCCAGCGCGCGGUGAUGUUCAACCGUUUCGGAGGCGUGGCGAAGAAGCCAAUUGGAGAGGGCAUGCAUCUGUAUUUUCCGUGGUUCCAAGUGCCCUUUCUGUACGACGUCCGCAUUCGCCCAAAGGUUAUCAACACGACAACGGGAACUCGCGACUUGCAGAUGGUGUCUGUGGGUCUGAGGCUGCUGUACCGGCCCAUGGAGGAUCGGCUGCCGAUCAUUCACCAGACUCUCGGUCCUGACUACGACGAGCGUGUGUUGCCGUCUAUUGGAAACGAAGUGCUGAAAGCCGUUGUUGCGCGCUACGACGCUGAGAGCCUCUUGACUCAGAGAGACAAAGUUUCGCACGACAUCAGAGAUGCCAUCACAAACCGUGCCCGCCAGUUCGACCUCGUCCUCGACGACGUUGCCAUUACGCACCUGAGCUACGGCAAAGAGUUUUCAAAAGCCAUUGAGGAGAAGCAGGUUGCUCAGCAAGAAAGCGAAAGAACGAAAUUCAUCGUCGCACGGACAGAGCAGGAGAAGAAGGCAGCCGUCGUGCGUGCAGAGGGAGAAGCCGAGGCAGCGACUUUGAUUUCUGAAGCCAUCAAACAGCACGGCACAGGACUGAUCGAAGUUCGUCGCUUGGACGCUGCAAAGGAAAUCGCCGACACCAUGGCUAAGAGCCGGAACGUCAUGUAUCUGCCCUCGGGCGUCAACAUGCUUUUGUCUCAGCAAUAAAGGAGGAACAAAGGCGACGACAAAGUGGCGAAGGAAGAGGCAGAUCAAGAAAAACGAGCGUGGCCUGUUCGCGGGGGUCUGGAGAAACGAGCGAUCACAGCUUGUGUCGGAAGACCUAAAUCUCUGGGUGCUUCCCUAGGCUUCACACGCGUUCAAGAGAGUUGAUUUUUGCCGCGCUUACGGAGCUGGUUCGGUUUGUUGGUGUCGAGGCUGAGGCCAGCAGACCGUGAAGAUGGUAAAGCAGGGGAAAAGAGUGCAGUUUCUUGUCGAUGCAACACUGAAGGUGUGUUAGCAAGGAGUUGCGUACACUGUUUAGGGUCGAAGUGUGCGUGCUAUUGCAAAGAACUAAACACGGGACACGAGAGGUGUGUCUAACACAAGCAGUGGGAUAGCACUUAUUUAUCGUACGCCGACACAGAAGACACCACCUGUGGCUGAGAGCAAGUUGCUCUGCUGAAGAGUCUUUCGGGGUACCCUGCAGCUAUGCACUGCCUACUGGAGCCUCUUUCGUUUUCGAGUGACUCGGGCCAUUUCUCCGGAUGUUUGCUAUACCUUGUUGUGGAACCCUUUUCUGCGGUUCACUGCGUGGUGGCAACUUUCUAUCUCAAAAGAACUGUCUUUUUUUGAGACGGAGGAGACGGACGGGUGAGGGGCUUGCAGAGGAUGUGUCGGCCGGGAGGCCUCAGCCUUUUGCGUCCGUUUCGUUCUUUUGCGUACUCAUCCUACUGUGUUUCAGUCAGUUCCAUUCUCCCACUUUGUUUUUAUCUCCAAAACUCCUUCCGCUUCCAGCAACUCACGUCUCGACGUAAACGUCGCUAGUGCCUUUCAGAUCCAGCCUCCGAUUGCAUCUCAACUUCAGGGAGAAACAAACCCCGACCCUGGCUGAUGCUAUAUUCGGUGUAGGCCAUGAAAAGCUCGUGUGACUCCUGAGAGCGAAACUAUACCAGGCACGAAAUCAGUGUAACUCAUUUCGUCCAGAAGA